AUGCUGGAUACCAGUGGUCCACCAACAGCUUCCCCAGGCAAAUGGCGACAUCCACGUUUGAAAGAGAUUAUUCGACGACAGAAUGCGUCCAGCGUCAAUGAGAAAACGAUCAGGAGGCUGCUCUUAAAUGCAGGCACAUUGAUUUUUACUGGCUUUAUUGGCAACACCUACAAGCAAUACUCCCUAGCGAUUGGAUCAUUUUUGCAAAUCCCGACCUACCCAGACAUCGUACUACUUGUUGUCCGUCUUUUACUGUUUAUCAACAUUGCCAUGACUCUGUACCCUAUCUACCGGGCACCUGACCAGGUAUCCGACAUCCCGCUGACUCCAUCACAAAGAGCAUUACUGGGACUCGACCCAAACAGCACGUCUCCCGCUACACAGGGCACCGAAUACAUCACACCACCGAGAUACCGCAUAUCAUCCAGCUCACGCAGGAGAAGCUCGGGUUCAUGGGGCAACUCGCCCUUCUCAUAUUCGGGGGCUGAAGACUCACCCACGAGAAGCCAUCCCGACAGCCCGCCGUUCACUCCCUCUGGUAGCCCGCUGUUCCAAAAGGGGAUUCGGUCCGGUGGCCGGGACAGUGGCCGUAGAAACAGUUUUGGCUCACCUUCGCCGCUGGGACGGUCCAGCAUUGGAGCACGAGAUGGAAGCUCCCUGCGAGCUCCCUCGACGCCCACCCCGUUUGGAAAGGGCACCUCCCCUGUUAUGACGCAGAAAUGGCUGUUUGAGAGAAGCCGGAUGUCCUCGUCCGGCAGCAGCGUGUUCAGCCAGUGA